AUGACUGAAAACAUCUUGAGGGGGAUCUCCUUAGCUCUUGGUGGAUCACCUUAUGAGUUCGAGGGGAAAAUGGUCGGAGACCCUUUUUGGGUAAUGCGUAUUAUUGGUUAUCCAGGUGUAAACCAAGAAAAUGAUAUCGGAUGGGUGAAAACGGUAACUUUUGCAGGCUUAUUGACGCUUAUAAAUCAAGAUGACGAUAAAACUGCUCUUCAGGUGAGAAACUUGGCCGGCGAUUGGAUAUCAGCUGUUCCCAUCCCUGGAUCAUUUAUCUGCAACAUCGGUGACAUGUUAAAGAUACUUUCAAACGGAGUAUAUGAAUCCACACUUCAUAGAGUGAUCAACAACUCUCCUCGAUACCGUGUAUGUGUCGCAUUCUUCUACGAGACUAACUUCGACGCAGAGGUGGAGCCAUUGGAUAUCUUUAAAGAGAAGUACCCAAGAAAUGAAAGAUCUCAAGUUUCCAAAAGAGUUGUCUAUGGAGAGCAUCUGAUCAUAAUGGAGGGAGUACCAUGGAUCAAGGAUAAUCCCACAUGGGGCAUGCUGUUUUUGGCCUCUAAUGAUCCUAAGAGACAAAUCGUCAAAUGCGAUGAUCCCGACAUGAUGGAGGAUGCCGGCGUGGCUGAGGUUGUUCGAAAGCUAGACCGGGCUUGUCGGGACGUCGGAUUCUUCUACGUGGUGAAAGAGGUAACGCAUCAAUUUUUCGAGCUUCCAUAUGAGGAGAAACUCAAGAUUAAGAUUACUCCAGCAGCUGGAUACAGAGGAUAUCAGAGACUUGGAAUAAACUUUACUAAUGGGAAGCAAGAUCUGCAUGAAGCCAUUGAUUGUUACACAGAGUUUACGCAAGGAAAGUAUGGGGAAAUUGGAAAGGUCUUGGAAGGACCAAACCAAUGGCCAGAGAAUCCUCUAGAGUACAAAGAGUUGAUGGAGGAGUAUAUUAAGCUCUGCAUAGAUCUUUCAAGAAACAUCUUGAGGGGGAUCUCCUUAGCUCUUGGUGGAUCACCUUAUGAGUUUGAGGGGAAAAUGGUUGGAGACCCCUUUUGGAUUAUGCGUAUUCUUGGUUAUCCAGGUGUAAACCAAGAAAAUGAUAUCGGAUGUGGAGCUCACACUGACUAUGGCUUGUUGUCGAUUAUUAAUCAAGAUGAUGAUAAAACAGCUCUUCAGAAAGGUGAGAAACUUGGCCGGUGAGUGGAUAUCAGCUGUUCCAAUCCCUGGAUCAUUCAUUUGCAACAUCGGUGACAUGUUAAAGAUACUUUCAAACGGGGUAUAUGAAUCCACACUUCAUAGAGUGAUCAAUAACUCUCCUCGAUACCGAGUAUGUGUCGGAUUCUUCUACGAGACUAACUUCGACGCCGAGGUGGAGCCAUUGGAUAUCUUCAAGGAGAAGUACCCAAGAAAUGAAGGAUCUCAAGUUUCCAAAAGAGUUGUUUCCAAAAGAGUUGUCUAUGGAGAGCAUCUGGUUUACAAACUCCAUACCACCUUUGCAAAAUUAGUGGAACGCAAUUAAAUUCAUUGGUUGAACUUUGGAUGGCAAUUGUAUUAUCUGGAUUUCGAAUUCUAAUAAUAAUAAUAAAAAGUUACAUAUAAUUUGAUUUUUAUACUAAAACAUUCUUGGUAAAAAAAAGUUUAUGUGAAAGUUGAGACCACUUGAGUAA